UGCUGAUUUAUUGAAGACAGGUAGCAUUGGUUCAUCCGAGUUUUAGUAAAGUUUGGGCUGCCACAGCCACAUCUUCCAUCGCAAAGCAAAUCGUUUGAGCUGAGUGCGUACCGUACCAGUCGAUAAUAAGAGCCGCGAUGAAGACGAUCACUGGUUCACCUUUGGCUGUUGCUCGAGCGUCUCUCGUGGCGUUGCUCUUCUGCAGUGUGUUUCGGUUUGCCGAUGGGUGGAACCUUCUUCCAGCAAACUUACCCGUACACAAACAAUCGACAACUGCAAAGUUGGAGAAUAGAGGCAAUAAUUACGAAGACCCCAGUGUGAAUCGUCGCAGGGUCAUCCUUCACAAAGGUAUUCAAGGUUCUGCAGCCGUACUUGCCACUGGCUUAGUACUAGUAGGUGCUCCUUCACCGUGUCAAGCCCAAGAGGAAAUUAGUACUGGUAGCAACGAAGACGACCCAGAAGAAGAAAACAGAAAGCGAGAAGAAACCCUGAAACGCCUCCAAGAACGUCGUCAACUCAUGCAAGCUAGUCGAUCCUCCAACAACCGACAAUCCUAUUUGGAUCUUUCUCGUCAACGUGCAGCUCUGUACAACACAACCUAUCAAGGAGUUACCUGUCCUCAAAACAGCAUUAUUCCAUGUAUCUAACAAAAAGAAUAAUAGUAACAGACACCAUCCAUUGAGUGC